AUGGAUUAUUUUAUGAAUAUAACAUAUUUAAGUCUGGCGGGGCAUGUACAACUGCAGGAGUACAGAUAUGUUUACUUUAUAAGUACUCUUUCCAUUUACAUAUUUAUCAUUUGCUGUAAUACUGUUGUUAUAUAUGUUAUUGUCAAAAACAAGAGACUCCAUGAGCCCAUGUAUAUAUUCAUUGCUGCUUUGCUUUUGAAUUCUCUUUUUGGAGCAGUUGCCCUUUAUCCUAAACUGCUUAUUGAUUUGCUGUCUGAACACCAAGUUAUUUCUUAUCAAGCCUGCAUGUUGCAAGCCUUUUGCAUUUAUUCAUAUGCUACAGUGGAGUUUGCUGUGUUGUCCACUAUGGCCUUUGACAGAUAUGUGUCCAUUUGUAAACCAUUACAGUAUGCAACUCUUGUAAACAUGCACACUGUCAAAAAGAUUUUACUUUUCAGUUGGUUUGUACCUUUUUGUGUAAAUUCUACAUUAAUGAUUCUAACAUGCAGACUUCAGCUGUGUAAAUUAAAAAUGAACAGAAUAUACUGUAAUAAUUAUUCAAUUGUUAAAUUAAGCUGUGGUGACAUAACAGUUAAUAAUUCAUAUGGACUGUUUCUUCUAGCUAUUGUUGUAUUUCCAUCACUGUUCUUCAUUGUCUUCUCAUAUAUUAGAAUACUUUCAGUCUGUUUGAGGAAUUCAAAAGAUUUCAAGAGAAAAGCUGUACAGACCUGCUUACCACAUAUUUUAGUUGUUAUUAUUUUCAGUGUCUUGUCAUGUUUUGAAAUUAUCAAUAACAGAUUAGAAGCAAACAUAUCUCACAUUAUGACCAUGAUAAUAUCAGUUAUAAAUUUGGUUAUUCCCCCUAUAUGUAAUCCUAUUAUAUAUGGAAUGAGAAUGCAGGAGAUUUUGAAUGGGAUUAAGAGCAUUAUGAGAAAAAGGAAGAUGUCCAUAUCCUUCUAG